AUGUACAAGCCUGCUCCGCCAAGACCCAAGAAGACCAACAUUGUGCGCUCGCGCAACGGGUGCCGGACCUGUCGUGAGCGGAAGAUCAAAUGCGAUGAGAAGAAACCAGCCUGUGGAACAUGUGUCAGGCUGGGAAAGCCGUGCACAAGGAUUCAGCCAGCGUUUGAGUUCCGCACUGUAACUAUACCUCCACCUGUGCAUCCGCAGUCUUCGACGACUUCCCCCUCCGUGGCCAGGCUUCCUCCAGAUGGACACCAUGAAGAGGAAAGGCACACGAGCACCAUUCCCUCUAUUGGGUGUAUGGACCUGAUCAAGUCCCUGCAGCACUCAGAGCGCGACAUCUACUAUACCACGUACUGGGAAGACAGCUGCCUUCCAGCCCUACAUCCAAUCUUCCUUGCUUUAUCUCAGGUUGCGGACGGCAAGGCAAUCCUCCGCAACUCCAUCCUGGCCUUGUCCUCAUGCCACUUCAGCCGCCAGCAAGUGGAGCGUAAGGCGGCUGGCACUUCGCACAUGCACAUGGGGAGCUUCAGCCCCAGCCUUAGCCACCAAACAAGGAGCCAUCUGUACUAUUCGUCGGCUAUCAAGGAAAUAACGCGAAUAGACCCAGAGACUGUGUUACGUGACUUCACCAUCAUCAUCGGCGUCUUGACGCUGUUCACAUACAUCGAGUCGUCCGUUGGCAAUUUCCAGGGUUUCCGAUGCCAUGUGGACGGGAUGUCGCAAUUGCUCCAGAGCCAUGCGGACAAGCUGAAUGAUCCAAUGAAUACAGCGCUCGUUAUGGCAUGGAUGCAGAUACGCUUCGUGAACUGGUGGUCGCGCGCGUAUUUUAGCUCGUGGGAGGUCCACCGGCGGUUACCUUCGGUGCCUCUGCCCCGAUUCCUCGAGGGGAGGCCCGAAUCGCCCCAGAGCCGCCGGGUGCUUGUCCUCAGCAUCCUUUGUGAAUCACAUCGGUUGCACUCUGGUCACGUUUUAGGGUGUCUAGGCCGCGGCGCGGGUGUAGACCCACAGGCGGACAUCGAGCACUUUGAACAGAAAGGAGAGCUCGAAGAAUGUCUCUACUUGCUUCACGAACAGAAGCGCAGACUGGACGAAUGGCUUGCCCGCCUCCCGCCUUCAGAGUGGCCCCUAUCCGACCACGGUGAUUGCCUGAGCAACGACCCUAAGGAACCAGAGGACCAUGCCACACCAGUUCACUUUCACUCUCAUGACGCGGCACUCAACUUUGCGUAUUAUGCCCUGGCUCGAGUCAUGCAGUGCGAUGGGCUGCUGCGCAGUUUACAACAUCGCAGUCUUUAUCGUUUGUACGACUACGAGGAAGAGGAAAGCUGGAUCCGCCUCCUCCUCCGCAUAACGAACGGCACGGAUAUACAGACCUCCCUCGCAAGAAACAACUACACAAUCGGGUUCCAGGGCUUGUUACUAGCCGCGCUUCUGCGGUGUCAGAGUCCGGCCCUUGGCGCCGCCAUACAGAGCUGGGUUCAGAAUUUAGCAAAUCUCCAGCCGACAGAAGAGGGUUCGUUUCCGAUUUACCAGACUCUGGGCGUCAUCAAGGCGAUUAAUCGUCAGAAGCAGGCGGGGCUUGAUGUCCUGGGGGUUACGCAGCCUGUUGACGAUGGCGGAGGGACACCCAAGGUUACGGCCUUUAAUAGCCAGCCCAUCGACCGGCUAGUUCUUCAUGGUAGAUCUCGACGAACCGGAGUUCCGUUUGCGGAGUGUGUUUGUCUCGACAUUUGA